UUUAACACACCUGCCACCCGCCUUCCGGAAGGAAACCCAGCAUCUGGCCAUGGCUACCGCCGCCGCGGAGCAGUGGGUCCUGGUGGAGAUGGUGCAGGCGCUGUAUGAGGCUCCUGCUUAUCAUCUUAUUCUGGAAGGUAUUCUGAUACUCUGGAUAAUCAGGCUUCUUUUCUCUAAGACAUAUAAAUUACAAGAACGAUCUGAUCUUACAACUAAGGAAAAGGAAGAAUUGAUUGAAGAGUGGCAACCUGAACCUCUUGUUCCUCCUGUCUCAAAAGACCAUCCUGCUCUUAACUACAACAUUGUUUCAGGCCCCCCAGGCCACAACAUUGUGGUGAAUGGAAAAGAAUGUAUAAACUUUGCCUCCUUUAAUUUUCUUGGGUUGCUGGAUAAUCCUCGUGUUAAGGCAGCAGCUUUAGCCUCUCUAAAGAAGUAUGGUGUGGGCACCUGCGGACCUAGAGGAUUUUAUGGCACAUUUGAUGUUCAUUUGGAUUUGGAGGAGCGUCUAGCCAAGUUUAUGAAGACCGAAGAGGCCAUUAUUUAUUCAUAUGGAUUUUCCACUAUAGCCAGUGCAAUUCCUGCUUACUCUAAGAGAGGGGACAUCAUAUUUGCGGAUAAAGCUUCCUGCUUUGCUAUCCAGAAGGGAUUACAGGCAUCACGAAGUGACAUUAAGUUAUUUAAACACAAUGAUGUGGCUGACCUGGAGCGACUAUUAAAAGAACAAGAGAUCGAAGAUCAAAAGAAUCCUCGCAAGGCUCGUGUAACUCGACGUUUCAUUGUGGUAGAAGGAUUGUAUAUGAAUACUGGAACUAUUUGUCCUCUUCCAGAAUUGGUUAAAUUAAAAUACAAAUACAAAGCAAGAAUCUUUGUGGAAGAAAGCCUUUCAUUUGGAGUCCUGGGGGAGCAUGGCCGAGGAGUCACUGAACACUAUGGGAUCAAUAUUGAUGAUAUUGACCUUAUCAGUGCAAACAUGGAGAAUGCUCUUGCUUCUGUUGGAGGUUUCUGUUGUGGCAGAACUUUUGUAAUUGACCAUCAGCGACUCUCUGGCCAAGGAUACUGCUUUUCAGCUUCAUUACCUCCCUUGUUAGCGGCUGCUGCCAUUGAGGGUCUCAACAUCAUGGAAGAGAAUCCAGAUAUUUUUGCAAUAUUAAAGAAAAAGUGCCAACAAAUUCAUAAAGCUUUGCAAGGCAUUUCUGGAUUAAAGGUGGUGGGAGAGUCCCUUGCCCCAGCCUUCCACCUUCAGCUGGAAGAGAGCACUGGGUCUCGGGAGAAGGAUAUGCGUCAGCUUCAGGAGAUCAUAGACCAGUGCAUGAGCAGACACAUUGCAUUAACUCAAGCCCGCUACCUGGAAAAGGAAGAGAAGUGCCUCCCUCCUCCAAGCAUUAGGGUUGUGGUCACAGUGGAACAAACAGAGGAAGAACUGGAGAAAGCAGCAUCCAUCAUCAAGGAAGUGGCCCAGGCUGUCCUGCUAUAGGCUGAGUCCAGUGGCUUUUGCCUCAGCACACACAGAACUCAAGAGACCUCUUGCUGCCCAGGGUGGGCCUAAUGAGAGCUUGAACAUUUGUUAGGAUUGCCUCCUGACCGUGUGGAUGUGGACCAAAUGUAUGGCUGGGAAGGAUGAACACUUGUUACUUUUAAAAAAGAAAACACAUUUAAAAGCCCCAAAACUGACUUUUUAAAAGACUAAUGACAACAUAUAGUUAGUAUUUAAAUUAUGCUAGUUAGUACUAUCUAAGUGUUUUGUUGUACUACUAUUUUGUAUUCUUUUUUGUUUAAGAUUGGAACUUCAGUUUCUGUUCUCUCCCCUCUGUAGUCAUGAUUUCAUAAGCACUCCUUCCUAUUUCAUUGAAAAAUGAUUUUGCAACUUAAUGCUAAGAGGAACACCUCAAACAGGAUACAACAUUCACUGUUGAAGGUCUAGUUCAGCCACUUCUUUGCCAGUCUUUACUGUGUAAAAUUAAAUAGUGGCUAACCAGCAAAGAAACACUUUGCUUGAUUGUUAUAAAUUUCAUUAUAAUGUAUUUAAGUCACAGUUUUAUAUACAUUGAUAAUGAUAUUGUAUCAUUUUUAAUCAAAGCAUCUCUACCCAGAGGAUAUUCAUUACACUGAAUAUUCAGCGAGCACUAAUUUGAAUCACACUAUUUUAUUUUAAUAGAAUUGACCUUUGCAUUUAUUACGUAUUAACUUAAUCUGUUUUAGGAAAAGGGUUGUUGCACUGAUCCCAAAAUAUAAAUCUUGUUCUUGAUAUUUUAGGAUUAUCUCAAAUCUAUUGUUUGUUUUUGCCUGGAGACACAAAACUUAGCUUUUUACUAAGCUAAGAAUGAGAACUUAUUUCUUUUCAUCUUAUGAAUCCAGAUAUGAUGUGAAAGCUCUAAAAGCAGUUUGUGACUGUUUAUCUUUACAGGAUAAAAGUUGAUGUGUUCCACAGGCAGAACACCAAUAUAAUACCAUCACUCUCUCUUACUAAAAAAUGUAGAAGAGUAAUACCAUUUUAUAACCUAUGUUCAUAUUAACAAAUGGUCUUCAACAUCUUUUUAAAUGACACAUAAUUUUUUACUGUUCAGUUUCUACUUUGCUUGAGGUCUUUCGUACAUAUGUGCCUUGUGAUUGCUGCUGCUUUGAAGCAUACAGACUGUCCAGGGGGUGAGUCUGUUUGAUUGGCUUUAUUUUUUGACGAAAUAAACCUACAUUCCUGAUGA